AUUCAGGUACCUACACCCACUAAAGAAAUCCACUAAUUUUUCAAGAUCUUGAAGCUUUAAAAAUAAAUUUGACGAUAGCGAUUCUUAAAGCCUUGAAACGAGUUGACUGGCUCGACCCGAUUUACAUUUGACUCGAUUAGAUACCCAUAUAAAGACGCAAUAUGAUAAUGGCUCUGCCUGCAUAUAGAAACCUGCUCCGAGCAGCACGACUAGCUUUUCAAGGAGACGAGAGAGUAUUAACUGCUGCGCGAGCGACGAUACGAGAUAACUUCCGCCGGAAUGCUUCGCUCGAGUCCACAAGUCCUGAAUUACCAAAUGCGAUCAAACACGCCGAAGAAGUUGCCGCUAUACUUCGACAAAACAUAGUACAAGGCAAAAGAGAUGGUGAAAUAUACAGAUUAAGGAUACACGAAGAUACGGAACGCGGCGACAACGAUACAGUCAAAUUCCCGGGUGGCAAGACGGUCAAGAUUGAUGGGAAAACGUGUUCUAAUAGGUGACAUGGGCUAAAAAAGUGAAGUCCACGAAGCCUUGUAUUAUUAUGUGAUACCAUCCGUGUACCAACAAACACAAUGUCCACUUCCUAGUGGCU